GUCUGCAUACAUAUCAAACCAGACUGGUCUAGCCACUGUAACGGAGCUUGGCUCUGACAAAGAUCACGAUACUAAAUAACGUUGAAAUUAAACAAUAGCCACUAUCCAAAAUGAAGGCAGCCUUGAUAAUCGUCGACAUGCAGGAGGACUUCUGCCCUCCGAACGGCUCUCUCGCCGUGCAAGAAGCCCGCGCCCUCGCCCCAACAAUCAAUACCCUUCUUUCCAACCCCGGCUUCACCCUCCGCAUCGCAUCCCAAGACAGCCACCCACCCAACCACAUCUCCUUCGCCCCGAACCACCCACCACCCAACAACCUACCCUUCGAGCACUUCAUCGAGAUGAGAAAUCCCGCAGCAGGCAAAGAAACCGAGACCAAGGCUCAACGGCUCUGGCCCGUCCACUGCGUAGAGGGAACCAAAGGCGCAGAGAUUAUCCCGGAAAUCGACACCAAGAACAUUGACCUCUACGUGCGAAAGGGCAUGGAUGCGCGGGUGGAGAUGUACUCUGCGUUUGCAGAUGCUUUUGGGAACCUCGAUGCGGAGGUGAAUCGGUCGUCGGUGGAUGUACAUUUGAAGGGGGCUUUGGAGGAAAAUGGCAUUACGGAUGUGUUUUGUGUGGGUGUCGCCGGGGAUUAUUGUGUGAAGUUUACGGCGAUUGAUGCUGCACGGGCUGGGUUGAGGAGUUAUUUUGUAGAGGAUGCGGUCAGGUGUGUUGAUCCGGGGGAGGGGUGGGAGGAGGCGAAGAGGGAGUUGAGGGAGGCGGGGGUGGUGAUUGUGAGGUCGGAUGGGCCUGAGAUUAGAUGGUUGGUUGGGGAGUUGUAGUGGUUGUUAGUAGAUUCUUAUGCGUAUAUGGAAUAUGGGAUGUGAUGGUCAUUGCAAGAUGUAUGGAAUACUUGACUUGAUUACUGUAUGUGUGUAUGUGGUGCUCUUGUGCAGGUGUAUACCGUCUUGGACUGAGCGUUAUGGUCGGGGACUGAGCUAUAGAUAAGACAGACCAAGAUGCGCCAAGUACUCUAUAAGUAGGAUUUAGUGGAUCUAGACCACAUGGCCUAUAAUGCCAAAUAUAUAACAAUUUGCUAGCCUAGCCAUAACAAUAAGGGAGCAAGCAACGGCCACUUGCACCGCCAAACAAAGAAAGGACCGUGGAUAGCGACAAGUCCAACCCUGGCAGACAAUCUGACAGGUCUCCACAGUGGAGUUGGCGGACGUUGCAACGGCUUCCAGAUCACCGUCAGCUCAGAA